AUGGCUCACCAUCAUCUUCACCACUCUCUGCAUCUGCCAUGGCUGCUUCAACUCUUGCGUCAAUUCAAUGAAUCAUGGCUUCUAUUUGAGGCCCCCCAAAGUUGGAGCCCAUGGUCGUUGCCUUCCGACCUCAAGGCCGACACCGUGCGCUAUUCUGAUAGCCAAACAGAGACCCAAGCCUCGUCGUCCCUGACCCACAUGUACGACCAGAGCUCGGCCUUCGGCGACCAGUAG